AUGAAGAACAAAAGGGCAAGCAAAAGGGACAAAAAGGAGAUCAAAGUUACAUAUAUUUCAAGCCCAGUUAAGGUGAAGACUAAUGCUUCAAAUUUUAGAGCUCUUGUGCAAGAGCUCACCGGCCAAUACUCCAAUGUUGCUGAAAUGUCCAUGUCUGUGGAAGAAGAAAAUGCUCAUUCUGAUCAAAGUGUUCACAAGAAUAGUGAGAUUCAACAAUGGAGGGUGGAUGUUGCACAGGGCUAUUUGCCUGAACCCACUAAUUUGUUGAAACCUCAUGAGUACAGUGAGUUAUUCUCUAGAUCAUUGAUGGAGCCAUACUUGAACCAACACCAGAUUCAAUAUGAUUUGUUGAGCUUUGACACCUCAUAG